GACAAAAAGAAGAAAGAAAGAAGUUUGCAAAAGUCAGUCGUCAAAAUUGAUGGUGGUGCGUUUUUUGAUGAAGAGCCAACACAAAAGCGUAUUUUUUUCGUCGCGCAGGACUUUAUUUGAGUGAAAAGUGCGGAAGUGUUGUUGGGUAAGUGUGUUGCCAGCACCCGAGCGUGAGGUGGCCGGAAGUCCCGACCGAAAUCCGCGAAAGUUCUUCGCAGUGCCAGUGGAAAUUUUCAGUGGUCCGUGACCGAGAGCAAGCUAGACAACCCUCAUCAAAUGAGAACGUGAAAAAUAUCAACUCGAAUAAAGAACCAGGCGGAAAGGGAAGGGAAAAAAGACGUCUUUAUUUCCCGUGGCUCUCGUUGUUCUUUUUCCCAACAUUCGCAGCAGGUCUGCUGCAAGCUGCUGACGGGAAAAACUGAAAGUUCCUUCGAGGAAAACUUGCCAAAAUGUCCGAAAACCGUGAGGAAAUAUUAGCCAACUUUCAGAGUAUUACUGCUAUUGAAGACGUUGCUGAGGCUAUUUACCACUUAGAUGAAUGUAAUUGGGAUUUAUUGUCUGCCAUUCACCGGGUUCUGCCGCAGGACCCCCAGGACCAGCGACCCUCCGUAGCAGCUGGUAGCAAUGGUGGUGGAGGAGGUGGUGGCAGUAGUGGAGGUGGAGGAGGAAUAGGCAGUGGCGGGAGCUCCUCAGCUGCGUCCAUCAGCGGAGGUGGUGCUGGUGGCUCGGGCUCUGCCUUCGCUAGCUAUGUGAACAAUCUAAACAACCUGGAAGCGAUGGCCAAUGUAGAGGAGCUCAUGACAGCACCUUCAUCGCCCAUUCGCAGCACAUCUAUCGGUGGUGGAGGAGGAAGCAGUGGAGCUUCCAGUCAGAGUCGUAAUCUGGAUGCGGACUUUUCUUUCGAUGAAGCUUUUGGACUGUUUGAACCAGGUGCAUCAACAUCUCGCUCCAGCAGCAACAACGAUUUCCGCAGCGCGUUGAAUUAUUUGGACGCGAAACCGCAUGACGUUGUGUUCAAAAUUCAUUUCAACAACGAGCUGUUUGUGAUCAGCAUAUCGAAUCACGCCACCGUGAGUGAGCUGAAGGCCAAAAUCUGCGAGAAAACGGGCGUCCCCGUUUGUCGUCAGGCUCUCAAGGGAUGGCAACCCGGCAAGCAGAAGGAAGUCCAAAAUUCAUCGACGGUGCUCAAAUCUUUAAACAUUGGGAAAGAAGUUAACCUUUUACUGACCGAUAUGACAGUAGAAGGAUUCGUUGGAGAUUCAGACCCAUUAUCCUCGCAACGGCAGAACUUUACUCUGCAUAUAAACGUUCAAUCAGGGGAAGGUAACAUGUUGAUGCUCAGCUUUCCCGGCUCGCAAACCAUUCUGUCGGUCAAGACCGAUGUGUACACGAUCACGGACAUUCCGGUGCGCCAUCAGGUAUGGUCCGGAUGGCCGACGAACGUCACCAACAGCACCACGCUGGCCGAAUCGGGCAUAGAGCAGCAGCACAAUCUGGUACUGAAGCGGGCGGACGAUACGAAGAUUACCAACAACAACACGGCCGGCUCGAGCAGUAGCAGUAGGAAUAUCUUCAGCAAUAGCGCCAGCAUGCCAAUCAUCAUUGAUUCGGAGAGCAGUGGGGAAGAGUUUGAAGAUGCAUCGGACUUCAACAACGAUGACGACAUUUUCACGGAAACACCCAUCAACAGUCACCUUAAACAUAUGAUUCCUGAUAACGUAGAUGACGAAACCAUCGGUAGCAUACAGUUUGUGGAAAACUUUGUGGAACGGUAUGGCCCGCAGCAUCCGAUGUUUUUCCAGGGAAGUUUGGAGGACGCACUCAAGGAAGCCUGCCGACCAUCGGCCAGAGAUCGCAAACUGUUAGCAAUUUAUCUUCAUCAUGAUGGGAGCGUACUGACGAAUGUUUUCUGCAGCCAGCUGUUAGCAUGCGAGAGCAUAAUUCAGAUGCUUCUGGAUAACUAUGUACUUUACGGAUGGGAUUUAACCUUUGAAAGCAAUAAGAAUAUGUUUCUGUCAUCCAUUUCGGCUUGCGUUGGAAUGACCGCCUCCAUAACGGUUAGAAACAUUCCAUCGGAUCGUUUGCCAGCCAUUCUUGUGAUAUCGAAAAACCGCAGCCAAUGCGAAGUUUUUCAAGUAAUAUAUGGUAACGUUAGUGUGGACGACUUGCUUUCGCAGCUGAUGGAAGCGGCCGACAUGUACACCGAGCAGCUAAGGAUUGAACUGCGGGAGGAGAACGAACGGUUAGCUCGGGAACAGGUCAAGCUGGAACAGGAUGCGGCCUAUCGCGAAAGUUUGGAAGCGGACCGUGCCAAGCAGGAGGCCAAACGGCAAAAAGAGCUUAUGAUGCAAACGGAACGGCGCCGACUGGAAUCGGAACGGGCCGAUGCCGAAGCCAAGCGGGAACUAAUUCGAGCCAAUGCACGGAUUACCGUUCCUCCGGAACCAGAACAGUUGACGGGGGAUAACAUAACCAAAAUUAGGAUUAGACCACCGAACGGUGCGGCGAUGAUCGAGAGGCGGUUCACAACGGAGACACCUCUGCGCAUCCUAUUGAACUUUAUUACCGGAGAGGGUUUUCUAGUUGACGAGUUCAAGGUGAUAAGUAGCUGGCCUAGACGAGAUCUCACGGCACUUGACCACGAGGAAACUCUCAAAACCCUCAAGCUGUACCCGCAGGAAACGCUCAUCCUAGAAGAACGAUGAUUCCAUCCCUCGGGGCACACUGGAACGGGAAGAAUGGGGAAAACGCAGAGGCUGUCGUCAUUGUUCCGGAGGGGGGAAAUUAAGUUUCUUGUGAGAAUUAGAAAUCUCACAUUGCAAACAACAGAAAAUUACGGCUAUUUCACUAGACCGUUUAUCACCUUCGUUUCAGAUUCACCCUCGAGAAAAGUCCUCCAAGAAUUCAAUCAAACCUAUCAUACUUUUUUUCAAAUAAUUUCUAAAUCUCGUUGAAUUUAAUUUUGUGAUUCUUAUGUAAUGGAUUCGAAUGACAACUUUUACUUUGGAAAAAUCUAUUUAUUACACGUGAACAUAACAACCCGUUAAGCCUUCAAAAAAUAAAUUGUUUCGUUUCUAUUACUAUUCGCUAUUCAAGUAAUAUCCUUUCCCAGAAUUUUACUAAACGUACUAACCAUGGUGUGUAAGCUAUGAGUUAUAAACUAAGAUGCAUCUAAACAAUAGCAAAAAAAUAUUGAACAACAUUCAUAUGACCCUCUCAAACAAUAGCUUGUAGCGCAAUCCUGUCGGGGAAUAUUUGAGUGUAGAGAUGUGUAGACGAAUAAAGGGACUAAAAAUCAGCGUAAAUGAUGAGUAUAAAAUAAUGAGUACUAGUGGUUAUGUUUUACAUACAUACAUAGAUCAUGCCGAUUCAGCGUGUUGAACGAAAAGAGAACAAAUUGAAGAUAAAAAAUAAAU